UAUAGCAUAGAUCAGAUAGAAGUCAAUGUCCUAUAAUUGUUUUAACUUUAGUUUUCACUAAAAAGGACAAUCAAAAAGAUAUUUUCUUAGGAACAGGAGGAUCUCGAGUUUCAUAGAUUGUUUUUUAAAAUUAAAAUGUAUUCAUCUGUUUUCAGUUUAAUUUUUUAAAAAGUUAGGUUAAAACUGUAGGAUAUACCAUAUUUCUUUUAUGUUUUUAAAGAAUUAUGACAUCAAUUAUAAAAUUACAAGCUCUUUCUGGAGCUCUAGAUGAAUCUCCACCUUGCUACCUUUUGCAAGUAGAUGAAGUGCGAAUUUUACUGGACUGCGGCUGGGAUGAAAAGUUUGAUUUCAAUGUUAUAAAGGAAUUGAAGAGACAUGUUCAUUCAAUUGAUGCAGUUCUUCUCUCAUAUCCUGAUAUAACCCACUUAGGAGCUUUACCAUAUCUAGUAGGAAAACUGGGUUUAAAUUGUCCAAUAUAUUCUACAAUACCUGUGUACAAAAUGGGCCAAAUGUUUAUGUAUGAUUUAUAUCAGUCUCAUUAUAAUAUGGAAAAUUUUGAAUUAUUUACUCUAGAUGAUGUAGAUGCUGCAUUUGAUAAAAUAAUUCAAUUGAAGUAUAAUCAAAGUAUAAGUCUCAAAGGUAAAGGCUAUGGAUUGACUGUGACCCCUUUACCUGCAGGCCAUAUGAUUGGAGGUACAAUUUGGAAAAUUAUGAAAGUAGGGGAAGAAGAUAUUAUAUAUGCUAAUGAUUUUAAUCAUAAAAAGGAGAGACAUUUAAAUGGUUGUGAACUUGAGAAAUUGCAAAGGCCUUCACUCUUGAUCACUGAUGCUUUUAAUGCUACAUAUCAGCAAGCUAGAAGACGGGCUAGAGAUGAAAAACUCAUGACAAAUAUAUUACAAACUCUUCGAAAUAAUGGCAAUGUACUAGUUGCUGUUGACACAGCUGGUCGUGUUCUUGAACUGGCACAUAUGUUGGAUCAAUUGUGGAGAAAUAAAGAGUCUGGUCUUUUAGCCUAUUCCCUUGCCCUACUGAACAAUGUUAGUUACAAUGUAGUGGAAUUUGCAAAGUCUCAGAUUGAGUGGAUGAGUGAUAAGCUAAUGAGAAGUUUUGAAGGUGCAAGAAAUAAUCCAUUCCAAUUUAAACACUUACAGUUAUGUCAUAGUAUGCAAGAAUUAUCAAAAGUACCAAGUCCAAAGGUUGUCUUGGCAAGUAUGCCCGAUUUAGAAUGUGGAUUUUCUAGGGAAUUGUUUCUGCAAUGGUGUUCUUAUCCAAAUAACAGUGUUAUUUUAACAAGCAGAACUUCACCUGGGACUUUAGCAAGAGAUUUAAUAGAAAAUGGGGGUAACCGAACUAUUGAUUUGAUUAUAAAAAGAAGGGUUAAAUUGGAAGGUGCUGAAUUAGAAGAAUUUGAAAAAAAUGAGAAAUCAAAAAAGGAAACCGUAGACAAAGAAGACAACAGCAGUUCAGACUCUGAUGACGAUAUUGAAGUGAGCGUAAUAUCAAGAGGCCGUCACGACAUAGUUAUUAAACAGGAAGGAAAAAUUUCCAGUGGUUUUUUUAAAGCAACGAAGAAACAAGCUCCCAUGUUUCCUUUCAAGGAAGAAAAAAUAAAGUGCGACGAUUAUGGAGAGAUUAUUCGACCGGAAGAUUAUAAAAUGGCAGACAUUGCUCCUGAAGGAGAAGAAAAUAAGGAAAACAUUGUUUUAAAAAAAGAAGAAGAAGAUUUUAUAACUGAUGUAACAGAACUUCCUACAAAAUGUAUUGUCUUAAAUCGUACAGUUCAAGUAAAUGCUCAAGUUCAGUUUAUUGACUUUGAAGGCAGAUCGGAUGGAGAAUCGUUAUUAAAAAUAUUGUCCCAACUGAGGCCCAGAAGGGUAAUAGUUGUCCGAGGAUCCCCUGAAGACACAGCAACUAUUCAGAAUCAUUGUCGAGAAAAUGUGGGAGCCAGAGUGUUUUGUCCCAUUAGGGGAGAAACGGUCGAUGCUACAAGCGAAACGCACAUUUACCAAGUUCGUUUAACUGACGCGUUGGUUUCCCAGUUGAGGUUUCAAAAAGGAAAAGAUGCAGAAGUGGCAUGGGUGGAUGCACAAGUUGUUGUGCGUGAAGGACAGACAGACGCCAAACGAAUGAGUGCUGACGAUGAGCCGAUGGAAGUUGAUGAAGAUGAGACAAAAAUACUAACUUUGGAACCAUUAUCUGGAAAUGCUUCACCCCACGACACAGUAUUUGUUAAUGAGCUGAAAUUAUCCGAAUUCAAGCAAGUUUUAGCGAAAUCAAAUAUUACUUCUGAAUUUUCAGGAGGCGUACUGUGGUGUUGCGGUGGUACAGUUGCAUUGCGAAGGAUUGAAUCCGGAAAAAUUAUGAUCGAAGGAUGUCUAUCAGAAGAGUAUUACAAAGUACGAGAUUUAUUGUACCAACAAUAUGCUAUUUUGUAAAAAGUAUUUAGUUUCGGUGUUGUAAAGAAAGAACUAUAGUAUCUUAUUUUAUUUUUUCAUAUUUUUCUCAUUUACAACCAUAAUGAAUGUAUGCAAGCAAGUAUUACCAAUAAAUUAAUAAUUUAAGUGUA